UGCAUUAGCUACACAAUCACAAUGAACAAUGUAUUUUAUAGAAGUUAUGUUAGUAAAAUGUUAAUUCAUGUUAGAUUACAGUUUCUAAUGUUAAGAGAACUUUUGUUUUAAAGCAUAUAAUUUAUUUACUAAUUAAUGGUGUAGAAGUGUUAAUUGCUUAUGGUAACUAAUUUAGCUGACUUGCUUGUAAAUUGUGAAUAAUAUUUUUACACUGGUGCCGAUUUGGUAUUAGGCUUAUACUAGUCAAUGUUAUUAUUUGGAAUGAAGCUCCUUCUUAGAGCAUAGAAAUGAAACUACAGAAAUAAAUUUUCUUAACGCCUUUGAACAGUUGUUCAAUAAUUUAACUUUAAAGUUUGUGGAGCAGUAUUUAUUUUGAAAAAUAAAAUGUAAAGGAAAAAAGAAAAUACAAGAACGACUGCAAAUCUUACUUGCUAUAUCUGAGAUUUUUUGCACGCAGAUCAAUCUUAUAAAAGAUGAUUGAAACGAAAUGAGAUGAAAUAAUAAAUUCUAGUAAUUUGCAUGAACAAGUUGUCUAAAUCCUCCUGGCCCAUUUGAUUUUCAGGCAAAUUUAUAGUGUGUUGUUUAUGUCCAUAAUUAGAGUACAAAGAGAGGAAAAAGUUAUACGAAAAAGGUUCACGGGACUACUGUUCACUCAUUUUUAAGUCAUAUCAUGCUUAGGUCAUAUAUGCUUUUCAUAAUACAUAGCUUCAGUGCAGCUUCACAGAAAUGUUUGUCCCAGUGGUUCAAUCAUUCAGCUUUACAAUAAAUAAUUUUAGAGACGUCAAUAUCUCUAAUUCCCCAGUGACCAAGCCAAAACCUGUAAAAAAAAUAAAUAAAAAAAACUUGUAACGUUAUAUGAUGUUUAGGUAUUAGAGAAAAAUCUUGAGAAAAACAAGACUCAACUGGGGAGCCCUUCCCUCUGGCAACAAAUCAUUGUCCAUAUGAUAGUAAUAUAUAUCGUUAUGAUACCAUUGACAGUCGUAGUAGGCUACAUAUCCAAAAAAAAAAACUAAAACAAACAAACACUGUCCGUGACCACCAAUUUGAAUGCAUGCCUGUAUGUGUGAAGGGCGCGCGGUGCGACUCGAAAGGUCAUGAUUCUUUCAAAAUACAAGGCUUUACUCACUUGUCAAUUGGCACAACGGCGACCUAAAAUCACUCAUUAAACAGAAAACUUAAUAUAGUCUUUGUUUUUAUUUCAAGAGCACUAGGCAGGUCAGCGUUACGUGGAUUAAACGAGAAGGGCUUAGUACAAAAAUUAAACUGAUGACUUUUAACUUGAAAAAUGUGUGUCCAGCUUUUACGUCGUCGCAGAUUGACUGCUCGCGGCGAAUUCACAGUUGUUGCUUUUUGCAGGCAGUGAAAGAAUAUUGAGCCUUCCCAAAUAACGCAUUUUAAAUAUUCGUCAGUUGGCAACUGCACGUUACCGUUGUUGGAGGUGCUGCUCACUGGUUGAGUGCUGGUCUUGUCAUUUUGGCUGAGAACAAUCUACACUUCGGCCUGCUCACUUUGACGAACAGACAACUGCCCUGCACUGACACCAUGGAUCGUCCUCCCAGCACUAGUCAGCUGAUGUCCGGCAAUGUCACAAAUAAGACAGACCCACGGUCCCUGAAUUCAAGAGUCUUCAUCGGGAACUUGAACACUAUGCUGGUUACCAAGGCAGAUGUUGAAGCCAUUUUUAGCAAAUACGGCAAGGUUGUUGGCUGCUCUGUGCACAAGGGCUUCGCCUUCGUCCAGUACGCUAACGAGAGGAAUGCACGGGCGGCUGUAGCAGGAGAGGAUGGCCGGAUGAUUGUCGGACAAGUGCUUGAUAUUAAUUUGGCAGGAGAGCCCAAACCUCACAGGUCAAAAACAACAAAGCGAUCGGCCGGAGAUAUGUACAGCAGUAGUUCUACUUUCGAGCUUGAUUAUGAUUUCCAGAGAGAUUACUAUGACAGAAUGUAUUCAUACCCUUCCCGUGUGCCCCCUCCACCACCACCACCUCUCUCACGGGCUGUGAUCCCAUCCAAACGUCCACGGGUCAGUGUGAGUGGGGGAACCAGCCGCCGCACCAAGCCCAGCUUUUCCACUUCGUCCAAGAGCAGCCAACGGAUGUCUUCUCGAACCUUGAAAACCGAUGACCUUCAAACUAUUAAGAGAGAGCUUGCUCAAAUCAAACACAAGGUUGACUAUCUUCUGGAGAGUCUGGACAGGAUGGAGAAAGACCACAACAAGAAAUCUGAGGGGAAGAGCGUGAAGGCAGAAGUGUGUGAGGCUUCCUCCCUUCAGCAUUCCAACAAGAAAGACAGAGAGAGGGAAGAGCAAGAGAUAAAUGAUUCUGAGGAGGAGAGAGAUUUGUUGGAAGAGGAGGACGAGGAAGAGGUUAAAAGCCAGGGAGGAGAGAAUGAAGAAGAAGAAGAGGGAGAGGAGGAAGAGGGUGAGCAUGAAGAAGGGGAAGAUGAUGGUGACAGCGUUAAUGGUGAUGACUCAUAGGAUGCUUUAAACACCGUGGAUAUGAGACACGCACUCAAAAUUCAGCCCUUUCAGUUCUUUCGAAAGGUUGAAGCCAGUCUUUGAAUGAUUUGUCUGUUAUGAUGUAGAUGCCUGCACUCUUAUAAUAACUGACACUACAGUUACAUCAGUUUCACUGAUGUCAGUUUAUUUUUAAUGUUAGCAUGACAUCUUUUCAGGCUUUUGAAGUGUCCCUCAACCUUGAUGAAGACAAACAUAUGUUUUCUGGCACAACAGAAACCAUAACAUUCUCCAGUUAUUCUUAAUUAUUCUGACUUGAACCUGAGAGAUUUUUAUUUUUCACUAGCAGAAUAUGUCCAUUAUGUAUUCUCCGAGUGAAACUGGCCUGAUCCCUGUUUGCCCUGUGUGUCUCAUGGGAUUUUUUUUUUUUUUUUUUCUGUGAACAAAAAGGUAACAUUUGUAUUUUAAAAGGAGGAAACUUGAGUGGCUCCUCUAUUACAGAGAGCCAGGAAGCUUCCAGGAAACAUCUAUGUUUGUAUUUACCUGUCUUUUUUAUA